UCGAGGUUAAAACAAAAACGUAUAAUAAUAUUCGCUUAAAUUAUAAACACGAGUCGAUUCGUUUUGUUUAUACUUUUACCGUACCGUAUUAUAUACCGUAGCGUAUUAUAUACGUACACACACGAAAUUUAAUCCGUACGUUAUAAUAUUUAUACUCGCAGAUUUCCGUUUGCGAAAUCAGUUGAUAAGAAGACGCGCUUGUGGACGGUUCGACGGUGCUCUCUUUCCUUCGUUUUAUAUAUAUAUAUAUAAAAAGCGACACAUUUUACGUCGAAACGAGGGAAGAUGGAAAGAACGUGGAAAGAUUAUUGAUGGGCCCCCGAUAGCUAAGAUGAAGGCAAGCGAAUCACUGCCGGUGUAAUUACGAAAUGGCUGUUAGGACGGAACGCCGUUAUUCCAGCACGAACCGAUCCAUCAUCCACCGUCGCUACGGGGUGGCGUUGAGCUAUGAUCGGGGGGAUCGCCGAUGUAAUUACCAUGAAGUGGCUUUCAUCGUGCUGCGCCCAUUUGAUGCUCUUAAGGUGAAUUCAUUGUUCACAGGCCCGUCCGUAUUGGGAAUCGAUCAUAGAUCACCGUUGACAUCAUCGGUGAAGAGAAAGGGAGGAAAUCUUCGUCGAUAUCGGCACAGGUCCGACACCUAUUUUCACGUCGGGGGAAUCCCGCUUUUCCGCGAGACGCUGGAAAAUUGCGCGUGAAAAGCAGACGAGACGUUUUAAUUUAUUUACGUUGCGGUGGCGAGGGGAGUUGUGGACGACAUUUCGAUCAUCGAAGGAAGUAAUUUAUUUCUUCGUGCUUCUUUUAUCUCGCGCAUCUCGAGCGGAGGAACGAAAGGAUUUUGAUUCCACUGUGGUAAGAGAUCCUUUGAAAUUUUGUCGUGAAUAGUGAACAUUAUAAUUUAAUUAUUAUU